CUGGUACUGAUGAGCAGGUGGUCACAUGACGAGCGUAGGGGAAUGAUCCACUGGCUCACAUGAUGCACUGGCUUGUUAUAAUAGAGUAUAAAUUGCUCAGUGCCAGUGAUGUGGGUUCUGUCUCUGUUAAAAGAGGAAGUAUGUCUGAUACUGGACUGAGCAAAAAACAUGCCCUGCCCCUCAGUUAAGCUCAAGGUUAUAUCUAUUGUCUCUCUCUUCCUCUUAAUGGUAUAAAGACUGCUGCUUCACACAGCAGCAGGAGGAAAGUUGGCAUAAAGCUACUUUAGAUCAGUGCUGAUAAAUUGCUAGGGUAUGAGAUAACUGUCUAUAUCCUGCUGCAUGUGUCAUUCAGUGCAAGGUCACUGGGAGAGCCGGCAUUCCCACCCACUGUCAGUUGUCAACUUGAUGUAAAACUAGUUUCUGUGAAGCCUGCUCAUCUAUUGCAUAGCACAUUGUCCAAUUACACUUUUUUUGCACUUUUUCUACAUCCUCAGUGACGUGUGGAUUUAGUUGGAGUGACAUCAUAAUAACAUUAUUCAAGAAAAAAAUGCAGUCAGCAGGAGGAGGAAAACAGAAUUUUGAUGACUUACCAUCUACAUUUGCGAUAGUGGGCACUAUAGUCCAUUCGACAGAACUGAGCACUAUAACUGUUAUAGAGAAUGGUGUGUUGCACGUUGCAGAUGGAAAGAUUGUGUCUGUGGGUUCCGGAGGUGAUGCGCCUGAAGGGGUUACCACAGUGCGUCUAACGUCAAACCAGUUCCUGAUGCCCGGCCUCAUCGACUCGCACAUCCACGCACCACAGUACCCGAACAUGGGCCUCGGCUACGACAAGACUCUACUAGAUUGGCUCGACACAUAUACCUACCCUAUGGAGACCAAGUACAGUGAUGUCGAGUUUGCACAAACUGUUUACAGAAAAAUUGUGGAAAGAACUCUGCAGUGCGGGACGACGACAGCGUGCUACUUCACGACGAUCCAUCCGGAGACGGCGCUGCUGCUGGCCCAGGAGGCGGCAGCGCAGGGGCAGCGCGCACUCGUCGGCAAGGUCUGCAUGAACGUCAACGCCCCCGACAACUACACUGAGACUACGGAACAGUCCGUCACGAGCACCCAGCAGUUUGUACAGGACGUCGCCAAUCUGGGGUGUGAUUUGGUAAAGCCAGUCAUUACACCACGAUUUGCCAUUAGCUGUGAUAUGGAACUCAUGACGAAGCUUGGGAAGUUGGCUCAGCAGAAUAAUCUUCAUGUACAGUCACACAUAUCAGAGAAUGAGGGUGAGGUGCAGACAGUUGCAGAAAUGUAUCCCAACUGUGCGAACUAUGCUGAAGUGUACGAUAAGGCAGGUUUACUGACAAGCAAGACAGUAAUGGCCCACGGAGUCCUGCUGAAACCUGAAGAAGUCGCUCUGCUGAAGGAGAGGGGGACAUCGAUAUCCCACUGUCCCACAUCCAACAUCAACCUACGCUCGGGUGUCUGCCCCGUGCGGACGUUGCUACAGUCCGGCCUCACAGUCGGUCUCGGAACAGAUGUGUCCGGAGGCAGCACAGAGUCGCUGCUGGAUGUGAUGCGCAGUGCCCUCAGCGUGUCUGUGCAGAAGGGCUUCGACGACAGCUCUCAGCAGCCUCUGAGUUACCAGGAGGUCUUCUACUUGGCCACCAUGGGAGGAGCCAAUGCUCUCUCUAUGGGCAACGAAGUGGGGUGCUUCAAGGCGGGCAUGCAUUUUGACGCGCUGGUUGUCGACUUGAAUGCCGGCCCCGGCACUGUCGUCUUUGAAGACCUGCCACUGAAGCCCCUGGAAAUGGUGCAGAAGUUCAUCUACUGCGGCGACGACCGAAAUAUCACCGCCGUGUUUGUCGAAGGGCGCGAACUCAAGGCGACAGCAGCAGCCGACGUGCGGCAGUUUGACUGACAAACUGCCGAGCCGGGUACAGCAGUGUGCUGCUAAAGUGCAGGUGAUUGGCUUAGCAAAACUGGCAAUUUUAAGUUGUUAUACCAAAAAGAGGAAGAAUAGAAAAUAAUUGCACAGUAUUUGAGCAGCUUUAAGAAACCAAGUGGCAUUAUUAUGUAUAUUCAGAACAUUUGCUCAACAUGGUGAUGAAGAAAUAAUACACGCAUUUCCUGGUAUCUGGAUAGAAAUGAAAAGACCUUAUCUCUGUCUGUGGAUAGUAUCAGUGAAAGAAAACAAUUGUUCUGUCGAGAUUUUACUGCCUUUAAAUGUUACCUCAAAUGUAAACAUCACGGGUUGCUUAUUAAGUAUUUCAUAAGAAAGAUAUUUUGGUAUACCAUUAAAGCAUUUAAUUACAGUAUACAACAAUAACUGACAAAGUACUUACAUAAUGUAUUAAAUGUCGUGUCCACUAAGACACUUAGUUUUUCUGCUGCUUAGUAAUAACUGUUUUUUUAGAAUACUUGUGUGUUUUUGUACUGAAGUUUAUGUCAACCAUUAUGAAUUUUUAAUAAA